CUUCACUGCUCAGAGUCCUUCCUGUUUGAAAUUUCAAGGAAGCAGCAGCAGCAACAACUGGACAGUCGCGUAUAUACUGAUGGAUUUAUCUGAGUGAUCUUUGGUCUGGGAGGACCCAUGCUCUCUCACCUUUGUGCUGCCACACCUGCGCUGUACAUACUGUGGAUCACUAUGGCCCAGAUAGCUGGCCAGGAGGACAGAGAGAAAACUACUGCACUCAAAGAUUUGCUGUCCAGAAUAGACUUGGAUGAACUGAUGAAGAAAGAUGAACCUCCUUUCACUUUCCCCCAAACACUGGAGGAGUUUGAAUAUGCAUUCAAUGAAUAUGGCCAGCUCAGGCAUAUAAAUACAGGAGAGCCUUUUGUAUUCAAUGCCAGAGAGGAUCUCCACCGCUGGAACCAGAAACGCUAUGAAGCUCUUGGAGAGAUCAUCACUCAGUAUGUUUACGAGCUGUUGGAGAAAAAGUGCAACAUGACUAAAGCAAUCCUGCCAGUGGACGCUACAGAAGAUGAACCCACCAGUUUUAUGUACCUGAGCCCAGAUGCCUUGUCCAACCCAUCCAAGCUGCUGGUGCUGAUCCAGGGCAGCGGCGUGGUGCGGGCCGGUCAGUGGGCCCGUAGACUCAUCAUCAACCAGGACCUGGACUCAGGGACACAAAUUCCCUUCAUCACCAGAGCCAUGGAGGAUGGCUACGGUGUGAUGGUGCUCAACCCCAAUGAGAACUACCUGGAGGUGGAGAAGCCGGCCAUGUUCUCUCCCCUGCCCUCUCCUACCGAACCCUCGGACGAACCCGCUGAGAAGAGGGAACGCAAAGAUGAUAAAGAGGGCAAAAAGAAGAGAGAAUUUUAUGAGAAGUACCGUAACCCGCAGAAGGAGACGGAGACGGAACGGAUCCCUAUACGGGAAAAUGGUUCCUCCGAGGAACACGUGCUAUACGUGUGGGACCACUUUGUGUCCAAAGCCGCAGCCAAGAAUGUCUUCAUCAUGGCCCACAGCUACGGAGGGCUGUCUUUCGUUGAGCUGAUGAAUCAGAGGGAAAUGCAGGUGAAGAACAGAGCGUGCGCCGUGGCUCUGACUGACUCGGCUCACAACAUCUGGCUGCAGGAGACCAGCAAAGGCACACAGGACUGGAUGCAGCAGCACUGUUGCAACUGGGUAUCAAGUCCAGAGCCCCUGGACACGCCACUGGAUCCCAUGCUGCCAGACUGCCCCAGAGUCUCUGCAGGCACAGAGCGCCACGAGCUGACCUCCUGGAUGAGUUUCGACUCCAUCUUCAGGUUCUUCAGUGAGGUCCUGGAGGCCAAAGAGGACGAGGAGGCGGAGGAGACCUCCAACGCUGUCACCACACGCAGCAGCUCCCUCAAAAACAAACACCAAGAUUUGUAGAGGACCGAUAAAAAUGACUCGGAAACAAGAGGAGAGGGGAAAAGGGGGGUUGGCGAGGGAUCAAAGGGGGGGUUGGGGGAUGCAGAAAGGGAGGCUAAGGUUCCAGAUCCUACCUAUUUUUUUUCUCCCUCUGUAACCUCCCUCAUCUUUCUGUCCUCACUCUUCUCCCCGAGUGUCAUUUCUCCCUUCCAGCCCUCCCUGGGCCGUGCACACACACACAGCCUUGUUGUUGUAAGAGACAAGAGUACAGGGUCACCGUGUAUACAUCACAAUAACGUUUUGCAUUACUUCUAGAUGAGCGCAACUGUCAAAGCAAUAUGGGCUUGAGUGUUAGCGCUUCCCGUGGGCUGUGGCCCGGCUGCGGGUACGGGCCACGGCAGCAGAGAUUAAGGCUGACAGGCGCUGUGCACAAUGCACUGUGGUGCACCUCUAAUUGUCCUGACAUCAGCCUGAACUGAGCUAAUGCCCCGCCUGCCCUCCAGUCUGCACUGCUCAGUCUCUCCCUCCUCUUCCUCCCCUGGUCCUAAAGCCUGGGCUGCUUUCUUACCCCCUCAUGCUCCUCUCUGCUAUGAUUCAAUAUCAUUUCAACCUGAUCAGUGCCCAUCUUCUUAUUUUUUUUUAAUCCCUUACCCACCAUAAAUGUUUUUACCAAGAGUGAACACACACUUUCUUAACUGGUGACCAUUUGUUUUAACAAAGGGUGUUGUUUUCAUGACUUCUUCCCUCUCUUAACUCCUCCGCACAUUCAGUCAGCUUUUUGAACCGGACUUUUCUCAUUCAGCUGUGUGUGUAAAGUGUGGUUCAAACCCGUGCCAUAUAUUUCUGGGAAUCGCAGUGCUUAUAAUAAGAGAUAUUUUUUUUUUAAUUUCUCACCUUUGAGCUAAAUUUGAAUGCAAUGUCUCAUACACACUUUCACACAAUUUUUUUUAAAAUAAAUAUUAAAGCCAAUACUUGAGCUUCCAAGUGUUUACUUUAAGAAUAUAUCUAGGAUUUAUUUGAAAAACUCUGGAGAGUCCAUCUCUCUGUGUUUAUUAUAAAUAUAUAUCUUUUUUUUUUUUCAAUUUGAUAUCCCUUGAAAUUGAUGUCCCCAGAUGAUUGAAUGUGAUGAAACAAAUAAAACAAAACACAACCUGUGCUGAAUAUGGAAAAUUCAGGGCAGCGAGCAUAUUUAAAAUUACUUAAAGUCAAGCAUCAGAAUGGGUUUGAGGGAUAUCUCAUUUUAACAGGAGCCAGAAGUCAGCUCACAACACUCAUAAAGCCUCAAUAUAUCGCCUUACACGUGUCAGGAAAUCCAAGAUUUCAAUAUUAUUCUAAGCCUGAAUGAUAUUUCCUUAGAUGUUGAAGAAAUGUAACAUAUCUAUUUCCCCCCCCAACCCUUUUUUUCCUCCCACCAAAGUACUCUUCUUGUGUACUUAGAAGUGACAAAGUCAGCUCCCUGCUCAGCUGCACAUAAUCUGACUAUGUGACACAAACAUGAUAAAAAUUUUUCCACCAGGCUGGUGUGCUUUUAUAAACCACUCAAGGCUUAAUGGAAUACAUUUCUAAUGUGUCAUGACAUUAGUAAAAACUCAAACCGGAUACUAAAUCUUAUGAUACCUUAGACACAUUCUCAAAUAUAUACCUUUUUUUUUUUUUUUUUUUUACUUCAAAUAGUUCCCAUUGUUUAACUUUAACACUGUGAAAUCCUGCCCACUGUGUGCAUGGUUUAAGGCUUUUGUGGAUUAUCUUCCCGCUGUAAUGAGACAACUGUGGCUGAUGGUUGCAGGCCUAAUUUCCUUUUAAUUUGAUUCACAUCUCUCCAGGUUUCAGCAAAGAAAGUUGGCUUAUUAUUUGAUUGGAUGAGUUUCGUUUCAAGAUACCAUUGCUCAUCUUUCUGCUCUUCAGCCACAAUCAGUUCAUUUUUCACUCCGUAAUUUGUAUAUUGUUGCCUUAGGAAUAAACAAGACUCUGUUCACUGUUUUUAAUAAUAUCCAGCAAGCCAUAUGUGAAUGGAACUAAAGAUGUAAGAGCAGCCUAAAUCCAAAGCACAGUCUGCAAAUAAAAGGGGACUAAUUUUGGCACAAUUGCUCUUGAAGACUUUAUUUUUUGCAGAUGGUUUAUAUGUUGUAUUGGUUUAAGGAACACGCCUAUUUUUUUGUUUUAUCGCAUAAGGCUUUGGGGUUUUAUGAAACCGCAUCACAUAUUUUUCUUAUAUUCUCAAAUGGUUGUCUCAUUCCUUUUUUUGAUCCAUUUUGUUUUU